AAUUACAAAUAUUGUAUUUCUAUACUGGCACUAAAUCAGGAGGCUUUAGGGUCAAAUGCCCAAAAUUUGAGAUUAACAUGGCGGCCCAGAUGGCGGUAAAUUCAGGAGCCAGCCUGUGGGGCCCGCUGAAGGAGCUAUGGGACACAGUGGAGGGUGCUGUGUGGAGAAGGCAACCGGAGAGUGUCCACCUCCUGGACCUACAACUCAAGAAACACAAGCCCAAUUUCCUCUCGCUCUUCAAAAAUCCACCAAAGAGUGCAGAGCAGAGGGAAAAAGUGCGCAAAGCCAGCACAGAGGGCAUUGCCAUCCAGGGCCAGCAGGGGGCGCGUCUACUUCCUGAGCAGCUGCUCAAUGAGGCCUUCAUCCUGAGUGACCUCUUUGACAUCGGCGAGCUGGCUGCGCUGGAGCUGCUGCUGGCAGGUGAGAACCAGCAGCCCCACUUCCUGGGUCUGAGUCGAGGGCUGGUUGCGGUGCUCCUGUACUGGGAUGGGAAGCUAUGCGUGGCUAAUUCCCUGCGCUCGCUAAUCCAGUCGCGUCACGGCAAAACCUUCACUUUGGAAUUAAGUGCGGAGCUGGUGGCGCUCACCACAGGCUUCACCGAUGAGCUGAUGGGCCAAGGCCUGACCAAACGCAUACUGACGCUAGUGUCAGAGAUCAGUGUGACGCGGGAGUUUGAGCGCCUGCAGAAAGAGCGAGGCCUGGGCAAUGAGAAGCACCGGAAGGAGGUAUCCGAUCUCAUCAAAGAGACCCGACAAGCACUGGCCGAUAGCCUGUUUGCAUGGACCUGCCAAUCACCGCUCAGUAAGGACGACACCCUAGCCCUUAUUGGCCACUUGGAAACGGUGACAGCAGAAGCUGACGGCUCAUUGGACAGUGUGAACCUGGCUCUAGUCAUGGCACUGCUCUACUGUCUGGAUGUCAGCUUCUUGGAGCAAGGAACCGAAGACCGAGAAGAUCUGCUGCAGGCCUUGCCCCUGCUGACCGAGAAGCAGUACGUGUCUUCGGUGCACAGUCGCCUGGUGGAGGGGGGCCCCUGGAAGCUGCCUGGGCUGCAGGCUGUAUGUCGCCUGGCCUGGUCUCUGGCUCUGCGGGCCCUCUCUCAGCUGCCCCAAGGCUUGGCCCUAGUGGAGUUCACAGAGACAGACGAGGCGCUGGCCGAUCAGGCCCUGCUAGGCGGUGUCUUCCUGUUCAUGACAGAGGGCAUGCUGGGAUGUGAGGGCUUCAGCCAUGAUGAGUUCUACACCCGCCGCCUCCAUUCCCUCAUCACUGACUUUCUGGCACUCAUGCCCAUGAAGGUAAAGCAAAUGCGUAACCGUGCCGACGAGGAUGCCAGACUGGUCCACAUGUCUCUGCAGAUGGGCAGCGAGCUCCCAUCCUCCCUGAGGAAAGACCUGGACCACCUCAUGAUCCUGAUUGGAGAGUUCUACAGCAAGGACCCGUUUGGGCUGGAACUGGCCCUGGAGUUCUGGUGCCCUACUGAGUCCCUGCAGCAGAACUCCCUCCAGGGUUCUUACCUGGGCAUGGCGAUGCAGAGGCCCCCACACAAACAGGUUGUGCUGUCCAAGUUUGUGCGUCAGACGGGGGACCUGCUGCCCCCCACUCUGUACAUCCCCUACCUGCGCAUGCUGAAGGGCCUCGCCAACGGCCCCCAGUGUGCCCACUACUGCUUCAGUCUGCUCAAGACCAACGGGGCCCCACACGGGGAGAAUGUGCAGGUGACGGGCAGCCCUGUGUCCUGGGAGCACUUCUUCCACUCCCUCAUGUUGUACCACGAGAACCUGCGUCGGGAUCUGCCCAACACGGACGCCACGCAGUACCGCCUCCCGCCUAUAAGGGGCAUCACUCAGCGGGAGUUGGACGGCCUGACCUCUUUCCUGCAGCUGCUCUGCACUAUCAUCACCUGGAGUGAGAACGCCCGCCUGGCCCUUUGUGAGCACCCUCAGUGGACACCUGUCGUGGUGAUGUUGGGCCUGCUGCAGUGCAGUGUGCAGCCUGUCCUCAAGGGGGAGCUCCUGCUCUGCCUGGCCGCCUUCGGGAAGUCCCCGGAGAUCGCCGCCUCCCUCUGGCAGUCACUGGAGUACACCCAGAUUCUUCAGACCGUGCGGGCUCCAGGACAGAAGCAAGUUGCUGGGAUUGAGGUGGAGCUGAACGAGAUCGAGUCGAGCUGUGAAGAGUACCCACUGACCAGAGCCUUCUGUCAGCUCAUCAGCACGUUGAUUGAGAGCGCGCUGCCCGUCAACCUGGGGGCGGGGCUCCGUGCGCCAGGGUUUGAGCCCUACCUGAUCUUCCUGCGCGACGCCGUCUUCCUUCCCUUCCCCACCAGAGCCUAUCGCCGUGCUGCCGAGAAGUGGGAGGUGGCGGAUGCUGUUCUGGAGGUCUUCCACAAGCUUCUGCGGGACUAUGAGCCCCAGCCCUCAGACUUUGUCCAGGAGACGGUGGAGCUGCUUGGGGAGCAGGUUCUGGCCCACAAGCCCCCCGGCCACAGCCUCAUGUUCCACCUGCUCAACGACUCACCCACCCUGACUCUCUGUCUCAGCCUACUGGGGGAGGGCGUGCACCAGCUGGACACCUACGCCACCUUUCCUGGUAAGAAGCAGUUGGAGUCUGCCGUGCUUCACUGCCUGUGUCUGCUGGACCUGGCCCUGCAGAAGGAGGUGGCGUUCAUGGAUCUGCUGAGGGAGAGCCAGGCCUCGCUCAUAGUCUCCCCAUUGGAGCAGCUCCUGCAGGGGGUCAGCGCCCAGAGCCGCCGGGCCGACCAUAUCGUCAGCAUUGCCAGGUACCUGUACCACAGCAGCUCCAAUCCUGAGGCGGCCUUCCAGAGCGCUAAGAUCCUGCGCCACAUUUCCCGCUACCCGAACAUCCAGAACCGGCUGGUGGGUGACUUCACCCACGACCAGGCUGUGAGUGACAAGCUGAUGGCUGGCUUCGUGGAGUGCCUGGACAACGAGGGGGCAGAGGAGGGCUUGGAGAAGGGAGACGAUUCUGAUCCGGCCAAGAAGGAGGCCAGGGUGCGCCACGAGACGCAGAUCCACAUCCUGAACCUCCUGAUCACCUCCCUGGAGCUGAAGCCCCCCAACCUGGCCCUUUACCUGCUGGGCUAUGAAGUCAAGAAGCCUGUGUCCUCCACCAAUCUGCAGGAUGCUGGUGUGCUCGGGUGCCCGCGGAGCUGCCUGCAUGCCAUCCUGAGCCUGCUGCAGAGAGGCAGUGAGCGGCGCUCUGGCCCGGUUCUCACUCGCCAGGCGCCGCACUUGGCUGAGCUCUGUUACCAGGUGAUCUACCAGCUGUGCGCAUGCUCCGAGACGUCAGGCCCCACCAUGCGCUACCUGAGGACCAGCCAGGACUUCCUGUUCUCUCACCUGCAGCACCUGCCUUUCAUCUUGCCUGGUGACCAGAUCUCUGCUCUGUCUCAGAUGUCUUGGCUCAUGAAGACAGCCGCCAUCGAGCUCCGAGUGACAUCACUCAACCGCCAGCGCUCACACACCCAGCGCCUCCUCAAUCUGCUGCUGGAUGACCAGCCUCACACACAGCACACCGAUGGGGAGACCGGCAUGGAGGAGGAAAGCAGAUCUGUGAGUGGAUUCCUGCACUUUGACACGGUCUCCAAAGUGCGUAGGAAGCUGCUCAGUGUGCUGGAUGCCAUCGACUUCAGCCAGGAUGUGCCCGAACUGCUCCAGCUGGACUUCUUUGAGCGGACACAGAUCGAGCAGGUCAUUGCCAACUGCGAGCAUGUCAACGAGCAUGGUCACACAGUCUGCAACGUUAAGUUGCUGCAUCGAGUCCUGGUGGCAGAGGUCAAUGCCCUCCAGGGGAUGGCAGCCAUUGGUCAGAGGCCACUUUUGUUUGAGGAGGUGAACUCCAUCCUGCAGCAGGUGGUAGAGAGGAACCGCGUUCGCCGGAGCCUAAGUGCGAAGCGUCACGCGCUGCAGUCAUGGAGGGGCCUGGUGGAGACCCUGCUCACUGCCUGCCCUGCAGACCUCAUUCCUGCUGACGAUCGGCAGCUCAUCAUCAGAGACCUGCUGCUGGACCUUCACGAUAAGGUGCUGUCCGAGGACGCGGCAGGGGAGCUGAUGCCCAUCGUGGCCGGAGCGGUGUUCACCCUCACCGCCCACCUCAGCCAAUCGGUGCUGUCCGAGCAGCAGCAGGGGGCAGGGCCAGAGGCAGGCGCGUCGUCGGGCUUUGCCUCCAUCGCUAACUCUGCUCUGCACCUGAUCCUGAGGAAGCUGCUGGACUUCAUCCUGUGUACCGGGGGCGGUUUCCAGCGUCUCCGGGCGCACCUUUAUGGCUCUCUGCUCUACUACCUGCAGAUCGCCCAGAAACCCGAGGAACCUGAUACACUGCAGCAAGCCGGAAAGUCUAUGUGGGAGCGCCUGACCGCUCCGGAAGAUGGGUUCUCCAAGCUGCAGAGGGAGAACCUGUCCAUCAUUGAGAGCUACGGCACCGCCCUCAUGGAGGUGGUGUGUAGAGACGCCUGUGACGGCCACGACAUCGGCAGGAUGCUGGCCCUAGCCGUGCUGGACCGCGUCCUGUCCAUCGACCGCCAGUCCCAGUGGCUGCUGUAUGUGUGCAACAGUGGCUACCUGCGUGUGCUGGUGGAGAGCCUGAGGCAGGAUGACGCGGCCCUGCAGACCAUGCUCAGCCCCCAGCCCCCCCUGCUCAAACCUCUGUACAUCUACGAGAGCAAGAUGGCCCUGUUGAUGCGGGUGGCUAAGACCAGCCAGGGGGCUGUGGAGCUGCUGCGCUGUGGCCUGGUGGCUCAGCUGGUGGAGUGUCAGGUGUUUGACAUGGUGCCCGACAGUGACUCCCACAGGAUGUUUGGUCAGAGGGAUCCGUCUGGCUUCAUCCCCAGCCCUCAGGACCGUUACAGACAGAUCCUGCUGCCUGCUCUCAGGUUGUUCCAGGUCAUCCUCACCUCCACCACCACACACCAUCAGCAGGGAGCCGCCCAGGUUCUGCAGUGGCUCAUUGUCCACGCCGACACCAUCCAGGGUCUGCUGCGCUGUCCGGAGCUCAGCAAGGGGCCCCUGCAGGAGCUCUCUCUGCUCACCGGCAUCAUCAGCAGGACAGCCCUACCAGGAGCUCUUGAGGGACAGGAUGUAAACAGUGCAGUUCUACUGGAGUUCCAGGGUCACAUCAGCAGAUUUCAGCGUCAGUGUCUGUCUCUGCUGAGCCGCCUGGCGGGGAGCGAACGAGAGCGCCUGCUGAAACAGGCAGAGAUCGCCGCCCCGGGAGACCCGGCCGAACGUCGGGAAGAGAUGGAGGUGGCCAUGCAACAGGUGUGUGCAAACAUCAUGGAGUACUGUCAGACCCUGCUGCUACAGAGCUCAGCCCAGGCCCAGUUCAGCAUCUGUCUCUUCAGCCCAUCCGUCAGCGAACCAGCCAGCAGAGAUGGACGCACAGACCUGGCCCUCCCCUCAGCCCCAUACUCUCGUGUGCCUGGCCUGGGCCUGGUUCUGUUCCUGCUCAAGAACAGUGCUGCAGACUUCUUACGCUACCAUCAGAGUCACAGGCAAGCCCUGGGCAAGCUACAGAGUCUGGAGCAGCUGCCUCCAGAGGAGCUCAAAGAGCUGUGUGCAGCCCUGGUCUCUGGUACUGGAGGAGUAGAGAAGAUCUCGUCGGUCCAGAGGAGCCUCCUGGCUAAGAGGCGCCUGGUCCAGCUGAUCAAUAACAGAGCCAAGUUACUGGCCCUCUGCUCCUAUGUGAUUGAGACCUGCCUGUUUGUGCUAUGGCGCCACCUGGAGUACUACCUCCUGUACUGCACCCCCACUGACCCCAAGGACUCCUUGCUGCCUGGAGCCAGUGCCUACAGACCACGCCUGACAGACGACUCGUUUGGACGUGCCCUGGGUCUGUCCAGAGUCAGCCAGCAAGACUUGGAGCAGCUGCUGAGUGACAUGGGGGCGGGCUUCGGAGAGCCUCUGCAGAGGAAGCUGUUGGAGGUUGAGGGGCUAUACAGCCAGGUCCGUUCCCGAUACACGUUCAUCCAGGCGCUUGUACGCAGGAUCCGAGGCCUGCUCCGCCAGCCCAAGAGCUGAAACCGUCAAACGCCUAUACACGCGCACACACACAACCUAGUUCUUUCAGAACCACGGCCACCGGAGAACCAGCCCGAGGUGUACAGAACCAAGAUCUGAAGUGCUCUAAUGCUGACUCAACUGCCUCUAUUGACUCCAGUCUGCUUUGCUGGCCUCUUGUAUCCUCCUCCCCAGAGUCAGGCACCAGUUACAGCUCGUACCGUCACUAAGGCUCUAUCUCAGUUUGAUCUUGUAAAGUUUGAUGUAUAGACCAAGAUUAGAUUUCUAAAUUGUGCAGAUGCACUAAUGAAAUGAUUCUUCAGACUUUUGGCUUGAUCAUUGUUUUUGUUGUUGAGAAAUUUUUUCUAUUGUGAAAUUAAAUCAUACUUUUCUAAAAUGAAA